AUGAUCACUACAGUACUCCGCAGAUCUUGUCUCGAUGCGUCGAGGCGGACUCUCUCCGCAUCGGUGACCUCCAUUAAUGCGGCUCUAUUUCACCACCUUACUCCAGCCGCCGCGAGAGUCUCCGAUGUAGCCAGAAUUGGACCUACCGAUGUCAAGCCUCCGAAUCCGGAUCCGUUUAGUGUUAAAGCUAGGGAAUUUCAUUUUCAAUCUGGACCGUCGGAGUUUAGAGCGUCGAUGGUUUCUACUGCUGGGUUUGCGAUAUCUGAGAGGAAAGACAGAGUGAUUGGAGAUUCGGAGAGUAUUGGUAGUAGCAGUAGUGGUGGUGAUGGGCUUGCGAUAUCUGAGCUUGGAAUAUCUCCUGAGAUUGUUAAAGCUUUGAGUAGUAAGGGUAUCGAAAAACUCUUUCCUAUUCAGAAAGCUGUGCUAGAGCCAGCUAUGCAAGGUCGGGAUAUGAUCGGUCGUGCUAGGACUGGAACUGGAAAGACACUUGCUUUUGGGAUUCCCAUCAUUGACAAAAUCAUCAAAUUCAACGCUAAACAUGGACGUGGGAGGAAUCCUCUUUGUUUGGUUUUGGCUCCGACAAGGGAGCUUGCUCGACAGGUUGAGAAGGAGUUUCGAGAGUCUGCUCCAAGCUUGGAUACUAUAUGUGUGUAUGGAGGUACACCGAUUGCACAGCAAAUGAGGCAGCUUGACUAUGGUGUUGAUGUGGCGGUUGGAACUCCGGGUCGUAUCAUUGAUCUGAUUAAGCGAGGAGCUCUGAAUCUAUCAGAGGUUCAGUUUGUGGUUCUGGAUGAAGCUGAUCAGAUGCUUCAAGUUGGAUUUGCCGAGGAUGUCGAGAUAAUAUUGGAAAGGUUGCCUGAGAAACGCCAGAGCAUGAUGUUUUCUGCAACUAUGCCGAGUUGGAUCAGAUCUCUCACCAAGAAGUACCUGAAUGAUCCUGUGACAAUUGAUCUUGUUGGAGACUCUGAUCAGAAACUCGCAGAUGGAAUUAUGACGUAUUCAAUCAUAGCAGAUUCAUAUGGAAGAGCGAGCAUUAUUGGUCCUCUUGUAACGGAGCAUGCUAAAGGAGGAAAAUGUAUCGUUUUUACCCAAACAAAGCGGGAUGCUGAUCGCCUUGCAUAUGGAUUGACGAAAAGCUUCAAAUGUGAAGCGUUGCACGGUGACAUAUCCCAGAGUCAGAGAGAAAGAACACUUGCUGGUUUCAGGGAUGGGAAUUUCAAUAUUCUUGUUGCAACUGAUGUUGCUGCCCGUGGACUCGAUGUACCUAAUGUCGAUUUGAUAAUUCAUUACGAGCUUCCUAAUAACACGGAGACGUUUGUUCACCGAACGGGACGAACAGGUCGUGCUGGAAAGAAAGGAAGUGCGAUCCUCAUCUACAGUCAAGAGCAAUCCAGGGCUGUAAAAAUGAUUGAGAGAGAAGUCGGGAGUCGAUUCAUUGAGCUUCCUAGCAUUGCUGUGGAACACGGAAGUGGAAUCAUGUUCGAUGGAAUGGGUGCUCGAUCUGGCGGGUCCUAUGGAGGAGGCGGAUCAAGCAACCGUUAUUCUGGUGGUUCGGACCGUUCUGGUUUUGGUAGCUUCGGUUCAGACCGCUCUUCUGGUUACGGGGGCUUUGGUUCAGGCGGUUCAGACCGUUCUUCAGGAGGUUUUGGGGGAUUUGGUUCAGAUCGUUCUUCUCAGUCUAGUGGAAGGGGCAGCUUUGGUGGUCGUUCAGGUGAUUAUGGUAGCAGCAGUGGCCGGUCAGGCGGAUCAUCAAGCAACCGUUAUUCUGGUGGGUCAGACCGUUCCUCUAGUUUCGGGGACUUUGGUUCCGGUCGUUCUUCUCAGUCAAGUGGAAGGAGUGGUUUUGGUGGGUUUGGCUCAAACGAUGAUAAGAAAUCGUACUGA